CAGGGCGCAUGCGCAUGCAGUAGCCGGAAGCGGGUUGGUGCGUGCUUGUUUGCAACUAAUAUUUAUUUUCUGUCACGUCUGCGGUUACAAGCUGUUAUUGCAAGGAUACGUGAUCCAUGACGGCUUGUCCCAGCCAUGGCUAUUGUGUCAUGGAAGGAGGUUUUACUUCUGACUGGACUGGUGCUGGGAUGUUACUGGAACAGUCUGUCGUGUGGGUUUGUAUUUGACGAUGUCUCAGCCAUCCUUGACAACAAGGACCUAAGGCCGUCGACCCCUGUAAGGAAUCUCUUCCUGAAUGACUUUUGGGGAACUCCCAUGGCAGAGGAGCGCAGUCAUAAAUCCUACCGGCCUCUGACGGUGCUCACCUUCCGACUCAACUACCUUUUGAGUGAACUCAACGCCGCCUCCUACCAUAUGUUCAACGUCGUGCUCCACGUUGUCGUCUGCACACUUUUUCUGCGCGUGUGUCGCUUGUUCCUGGACAGGACGUCCGGCUUGGUGGCGGCGCUGCUCUUUGCCGUGCACCCCGUCCACACGGAAGCUGUGACGGGCGUGGUUGGCAGAGCUGAACUCUUGUCUUCAAUCUUCCUCCUGGCCGCAUUCCUGGCCUUCACCAAGUCCACAGGCACAGACCGCUCCAUCGUUUGGGCUCCUGUCGCUCUCACGGUGGUCCUGGUGGCCGCAGCAACCCUGUGCAAAGAGCAGGGCAUCACCGUGGUGGGCAUCUGCUGCGUCUACGAGGUCUUCGUGGCACAAGGGUUCACUUUACCCGUGUUGCUGGACACGCUGCGCCAAGCGCUGCAGGGCAAAGGCGCCUUCCCCUACGGCGUCCUCCAAAUGCUGCUCAAGCUCAUCGUCCUGGUCAUCAGCACGCUGCUGCUCGUCAUCGUCCGCGUGCAGGUCAUCCAGUCCCAGCUGCCCGUCUUCACCAGAUUUGACAACCCGGCAGCCGUGAGCCCCGCCCCCGCCAGACAGCUGACCUUCAACUACCUACUUCCUGUCAACGCAUGGCUCCUGCUCAACCCCUCCGAGUUGUGCUGCGACUGGACCAUGGGCACCAUCCCGUUGGUGGAGUCCGCCCUGGACCGGCGCAACUUGGCAACCGUGGUCUUCUACGUGUUGGUGGGCCUGCUGGCGUACAGCAGCGUCACGUGCCAGCACAGCUCUGCCAAGACCGUGGUCAUGGCCUUGUCUCUGAUGGUCCUUCCCUUCAUCCCCGCGUCCAACCUCUUCUUCCCCGUGGGAUUCGUGGUGGCAGAGAGAGUUCUUUACGUUCCCAGCAUGGGCUUCUGUGUGCUGGUUGCUCACGGGUUCAAGAUGGCCUCACAUACAGGGUUCCUGAAGAAGAUUUCCUGCUUGAUGAUUGGACUCCUGCUCACCACGCACGCCGUCAAGACUUUCAACAGGAAUUGGGACUGGGAGUCGGAAUACACUUUGUUCACGUCGGCUCUGAAGGUCAACAAGAACAACGCCAAGCUGUGGAAUAAUGUCGGCCACGCGCUGGAGAACCAAAACAAUUACGCCACAGCACUGCGCUAUUUUCUGCAGGCCACCGUUGUGCAGCCAGAUGAUAUCGGUGCGCACAUGAACGUCGGGAGAACAUACAAGAACCUGAACAAGUCCAGAGAGGCAGAAGAUGCCUACUUGGUUGCCAAGUCCCUCAUGCCGCAGGUCAUUCCUGGCAAGAAGUACGCCACACGCGUGGCCCCCAACCACCUCAACGUGUACAUCAACUUGGCCAACCUGAUCCGCGCCAACCAGUCCCGGCUGGAAGAGGCCGACCAACUGUACCGCCAAGCCAUCAGCAUGAGGCCCGACUUCAAGCAGGCGUACAUCAGCAGGGGGGAGCUGCUCCUGAAGAUGAACAAGCUCACGGAGGCGAGGGACGCCUACCUGCGCGCCCUGGAACUGGACGGCACCAACGCCGACCUGUGGUACAACCUGGCCAUCGUCAACAUCGAGAUGAAGGAGCCCUCGGAGGCCCUGAAGAACUUCCAGCACGCCCUGCGGCUCAGCCCCCGGCACAAGCUGGCGCUCUUCAACUCCGCCCUCCUCAUGCAGGAGUCAGGCGAGCCCAAGUUCUGGGCGGAGGCCAAGCGUCGGUUCCUGACCUACGUGGAAGAGGAGCCUGAGGACGCCAAUGGCUACUUCAACCUGGGCAUGUUGGCCAUGGACUCCAAGGAGGACUCGGUGGCGGAGCGCUGGAUGCUGAAAGCCGUCUCUCUGCAGCCCGGCUUCCGCUCGGCCCUCUUCAACCUGGCCUUGCUCUACUCGCAGUCGGAGCGCCAGCCGGACGCGCUGCCCGUGCUGGACGAGCUGCUGAGUCAUCACCCCGAGCAUGUCAAGGGUCUGAUCCUGAAGGGAGACAUCCUCAUGAACCACAAGAAGGACACGAACGGUGCCAAGACCUGCUUCCAGCGCAUCCUGACCAUGGACCCGGGAAACGUGCAGGCCAAACACAACCUGUGCGUGGUCUACUUCGAGGAGCGAGACCUGCCCGGAGCUGAGCGCUGCCUGGAGGAGACGCUGGCCCUGGCGCCCCACGAGGACUACGUCCGCCGCCACCUCGCCAUCGUCAGAGGCAAGAUGGCGGCAAUGAGCGCGGCCGGACAUCCGCCGACUGCCGGGGAGAAACCCUCGCCGACGGAGGAAGAGGUGCGGCAGGAAAGUCCAAACCAGAAGAAUGUGAGGAAAUCCCCGCCAGGAAGCCAGGAGGACGUUGAGCAAUCAGAGCCUGACCAACGGACUAAAGUCCAGACCAGCGACAUCGAACAGAAGCGAGCGGCCGCCUUGAAGAGGCUGGAAGACAUCGAGCGCAUUUUGACCAGCGACUGAUUUGGUUCUUGUCUUCAAGGUCACAUGUGGUUCUUGUCUUCAAGGUCACAUUUGGUUCUUGUCUUCAAGGUCACAUUUGGUUCUUGUCUUCAAGGUCACAUGUGGUUCUUGUCUUCAAGGUCACAUUUGGUUCUUGUCUUCAAGGUCACAUGUGGUUCUUGUCUUCAAGGUCACAUUUGGUUCUUGUCUUCAAGGUCACAUUUGUUUCUUGUCUUCAAGGUCCCAUUUGGUUCUUGUCUUCAAGGUCACAUUUGGUUCUUGUCUUCAAGGUCACAUGUGGUUCUUGUCUUCAAGGUCACAUUUGUUUCUUGUCUUCAAGGUCACAUUUGGAUCUUGUCUUCAAGUUCCCAUUUGGUUCUUGUCUUCAAGGUCACAUUUGGUUCUUGUCUUCAAGUUCCCAUUUGGUUCUUGUCUUCAAGGUCACAUUUGGUUCUUGUCUUCAAGGUCACAUGUGGUUCUUGUCUUCAAGGUCACAUUUGGAUCUUGUCUUCAAGUUCCCAUUUGGUUCUUGUUUUCAAGGUCACAUGUGGUUCUUGUCUUCAAGGUCACAUUUGUUUCUUGUCUUCAAGGUCACAUUUGGAUCUUGUCUUCAAGUUCCCAUUUGGUUCUUGUCUUCAAGUUCCCAUUUGGUUCUUGUCUUCAAGUUCCCAUUUGGUUCUUGUCUUCAAGUUCCCAUUUGGUUCUUGUCUUCAAGUUCCCAUUUGGUUCUUGUCUUCAAGGUCACAUUUGUUUCUUAUCU